UAGUGUGUAGAUUAAACUUUCUGUAGAGCCCAAUCAUAUGAAAUUUCAUAUGAAAAAAGCAAAAAUCAAACCAUGCUCCCUUUUUUAAAAUACAAAUAUAAAUGGAAUAUCAUUUCAUUUCAUUUCCAUGUGUUUUACGCAAUCCUUUCUGCCAUCAAAAUGAUUUUGAGUGCCGUGAGAGUAGGCUAUAAUUAAACGAUUCAUGUUUUCAGGGACAGCUUAUUUACGUUUACGGACGUGACGUAAUGACGCACCGCCAUGUUCGAAUUUCCCGCGAAAACCUACCGCUCAGAUUAGAUUAACAUUAUUAAUUAACAUUAUUAAUUAGCUAAAGGCUAUGCAGUUGCUCAAAUGUUGAUUCUGGAUCAAUUCGAACGAAAAAAAAGCAGGUUUAAGCUAUUAGUUAUCGUGUCUCUUAUUCGUGCGGCUUUUAGACUCGGUGUGUUCUGGUAGCUCGUGCUGCACCGCCCCCUACUGGACGCGCCGGGAACGACGGGGCUGUGGAGCUUCAUCGAGGUUUAGUAAAAGGGGGCGCGCGUGCAUUUCGCGUCGCCGCUGCACGCGCUCCAGCUCGGCUGGCGGCGGUAACGCGUCGAAGACCGCGAACGCAAGUCGAGAAGAAAAACGAGCAUCGCCGCAGAUCUCAGGUCAGCGCGUGAGCUGCGAUUUCCCCAGUGUGCACGUCAUCAGUUGGAGAGCGCGCGCGAGCGGUGCAUUCAAAGCAAAAGGUGGGGAUGGAAAAACAUUCUUACGUUGUUCUCGUUUGUGCAUUGGUGUCUUUGCACCUACUGUUAAACGUCCAAGGAGCCAGACAGGGUCAAGACAUAAAAUGUGGAGCAUGCAGGGCUUUAGUUGAUGAAAUGGAAUGGGCCAUCUCGCAGAUAGAUCCCAAGAAAAUGAUCCAGACCGGAUCCUUUAGGAUUAAUCCCGAUGGCAGUCAGUCAGUAAGAGAGGUUCCCUUUUCCCGCUCCGAGAGUCAUCUCCUGGAACUAAUGGAGGAGGUCUGUGAGAAGAUGAACGACUACGGCGAGCGGGUCGACCCAGCGACCAACCGGAAGACGUACGUGAGGCAUACGUCCCGUGACGGCACUGCCGCGGACCUCUCCGACGUGGCCUUCGACUCCAGAGUCACCUCCACUUUAAAGUUUGCUUGCGAAACCAUCGUCGAGCAGAACGAGGACGAGCUGAUCGAGUUCUUCGCUCACGAGACGGACAACGUUAAAGACAAGCUCUGCAGUAAGAGGACAGAUCUCUGCGACCAUGCCCUGAAGAUACCUCACGACGAGUUAUAACACGAGCCGAGCACAUCAUGACAGCUUUACGGCCGGAAAACCCCGCGUUCAUCUGUUCAUCUUCAGUAGACGGACUGCUUCUCUCGAUUGUCGAGGACGCUGAACAUACAGAGACCUGCUCCAGUGAUGUUAGGAAAAGCAUUACAUAUGUACUUGACCCUAUGGGUUAACUGUUGACGUGUUCAACCCGCUACCAUCAAAACUGUGCUUUGGCAAUAAUUAAAGCUGACUUUCUACAGCGGAAAACGAGAUCCUUACGAUUCUCUCCAGUGGCAUACUUUUAUAUUUAAAUGUCCUCGGAUGCACUUAGUUUUUAGUUGAGAAGAUGACAUGCAGUGUAUUUAUUAUAAGCACAGAUAGAGCGCUUCUGGUGAAGCUGUGUCCUGAUGUUUUGGGCUUUUUUUCAGGUCAUGAAUAUGAUCGGGUUACUAGUCCUUGAAUCUUAACCAAUUAGGUUAACACCGUUUUGUAUGGAAGUGAGCGUCGGUCAACCCACUUUAAAGCAUUCGUUUGUUUUCUUCGCACGCAUUAUUGCAUUAGUAUUGCUUUCAGGUUUUCAGCCUAUGUUUGUGUUUAUGAAUCCAUUGGGGACCAUGUUGUGUUUGUAGUUGUUUUUGUAAUACACUUUAAUAAUAAAAGCCCUUUCUUUUAGUGCUA